AUGACCACAAUUCAAAAUGGUCGCUGCGGUUACUUUGAUCUUUAUUAUAUUUUAAACAGUGUGUAUUCAAUUAUAUUUGUCGGCUUGGUUCCUCCCGUAUUAAUGAUUUUAUUUGGGUCUCUGGCUUUCAUAAAUGUUAGCAAAAUGCAUAGGCGUGUUCAACCAGCUGAUGUAUCAACAGCGAAUAAUAGUACCACAAACGUUAUUCAACGUAAAGAUCGUAAUCUAUUGAAAAUGUUAUUAUCUGAGGUUUCAGUGUAUAUUCUAACUAUGAGUUUUUAUCCAAUAGUUGUGUUAGAAGUGUCAGUAACGAAUGCGAUGAAUAUUCAGAAAACUCUUGAAAGAAUUCAAAUUGAAAAUUUUAUGUCGUAUUUAUCAUUAUUUUUUAUCUAUCUAAAUACUUCGGCACCUUUUUAUAUUUAUUUUCUUGCGUCGAAAUCGUUUCGAAAAGAUUGUAAAGAAUCCGUGUAUGGAACGACACCCGGUGGUUUUUCCUCUGCGCCGAAAGGGUGGAAUAGUUUUCCUAUGCAAAGUCUAGGCAUGAAAUUCAAUCAGGAGAAUGUCAUCCAGCAAUGUGAUCAAUUAGUUAAUGAACUUGGUGAUUAUGACUACGAUCUAUGUUCGUUAGAUUCUGGCUGGUCUGUGGGCGCUAACGGCGAUGAAUAUGGUCGUAUCAUAUAUGACAAUUCGAUUUUUGAUAUUCCUCAGUUGGCGGAUCAUCUUCAUAGGAAAGGUUUAAAGUUAGGCGUCUAUGUCGUACCGGGUUACUUUGCUAAUGAUGCAAAUAAAUUUGUUUUCGGCACUAAUUAUACUCUUUCACAGAUUGGUAAUGGACAUAAUAAUGGAUUGGCUAGAAUCGAUCUCAACUACAGUCAUCCUGGAGCGCAAAUAUGGUGUAAUACUGUGGUUGAUCAGUUUGCACAAUGGGGUGUUGACAUGAUUAAGCUUGAUUAUGUUACUCCUGGCAGUCCUGACAAUGGUGUCAAUCUUCUAAAAGACAAUAGUGGAAUUGUUGUAUGUUACCACAAUGCUAUUGCACAACAAAAACGUCAAAUUCGAUUGGAUAUAUCAUGGAAACUCUCCCGUGAUGAACCUUACUAUACCAUCUGGAGCGCUAAUGCCGAUACUAUGCGUACGGAUCAAGACUUAAAUGGUGGUCCUGGUGUACAGACUCAGUGGUCUACGGUACAACGGGCCAUCGAACAAUAUCGUGAAUAUAUGGUGCAAGUUAGCAGAAGGAACACUACUGUUUUAACUAUCUAUCCGGACAUGGACAAUCUUUUUGUUGGAAAUAACGGCUCCAGAAGUGGUCUGACUAAUGCUCAACGACAAACGGUGAUGAGUCACUGGAUCGGAGCAGGUGCAAAUCUUAUUAUUGGUUCGAAUAUGACCGAUUUAGAUGAUUACGGCUCAGAACUUCUCACCAAUAGAAGAGCAUUACAAAUUGCCAAUGAUAUCACUUGUAAAUAUCCCAUGAUGCCUACACAAGGUAACAGUAAUCCAACUCAUGGCCGGCAGGGACAAGUGUGGAUAGCUGGCCCGAGUGUGGAUUCGAAUAUUGCAGUUAUUCUAGUUGCAAAUUAUGGGAACUCGGGCAACAACAACCUAUUUGAUCCAAUUCCUAUUCAGAGUUGGUGGUCUUACAAUUUUACCUUCAGCGACUUCCAAUUUGAUCCUCACACGACUUAUAAGGUGGAGAAUGUUUGGGAAGCCAGUGCUGAUUUUACAGCUCGGGGAGAUGAAAUAAUAUCGGGAAUAUUGCAGGACUCCGAGGUGAAGUUUUGGAAAGUCACGAAAACUGAUACAUGA